AAGCGCACACCUGGUCACCUGGCGUAUACAUUCAUUCACAUUAUCCAUCGCACAAAACUUUAUUUAACGAUUUGACGAGAUCUAAAUUAUUUUUUAUCUGCGUGUAUGAUUUGCGAUGAGCGUAGCUAGGAGCGAGGUGUUGAGACUCUACAAAAGCAUUUUAAAAUACGGCCAAGAGCUCAAAUACACCGACAGGGAUUUCUUCAAAAAGAAAAUCAGGAAGGAAUUCAGAAGUUGCAAGAGCGUUGAAUCCCCCGAGGAGAUAAAAUUCCAUAUUGACCGGGCAAAGGCCUUCCUUCAAUACAAACGAGUUCUGUAAAAAUGAUUUCUGCCGCACUCAUGCUUCGAAACGCUGCUUACAACGCCUUCAUUUACCAACGAUCACUCCACUUUGGUGCAAUUUUACUUCGGCAAACAAUCGAC